CACCUCUGUCCAUCACCACCUCUGUCCAUCACCACCUCCUCUCCAGAACAAACAAAAACACCUUGACCACCCCCCCUCUCGAAACCAUGGGUGUCAAGCCAAGCUACUCCAAGACCGCAAAGGUCCCACGCAGACCCUUUGAAGCGGCUCGACUGGACUCGGAGCUGAAGCUCGUUGGCGAGUUUGGUCUCAAGAACAAGCGUGAGGUCUGGCGUGUCCUGCUCACUCUGUCCAAGAUCCGUCGUGCUGCCCGUCAGCUUCUCACCCUCGAUGAGAAGGAUCCCAAGCGCCUGUUCGAGGGCAACGCCCUGAUUCGCCGUCUGGUCCGCGUCGGCGUCCUGGACGAGUCGCGCAUGAAGCUCGAUUACGUGCUGGCCCUCAAGGUCGAGGACUUUCUCGAGCGUCGCCUGCAGACCUGCGUUUACAAGCUCGGCCUCGCCAAGUCGAUUCACCACGCCCGUGUUCUGAUCCGCCAGCGUCACAUCCGUGUCGGCAAGCAAAUCGUCAACGUCCCCUCGUUCAUUGUCCGCCUCGACUCGCAGAAGCACAUUGACUUUUCUCUCACCUCGCCCUUUGGCGGCGGCCGCCCCGGUCGUGUCCGGAGAAAGAAGGCCAAGGCCGCCGAGGGUGGUGACGACGCCGGCGACGAGGAGGACGAGGAGUAGAGUACCGGGAGGCUUUGGAAGCCAAGAUCACUUUUCUUACUGACCGUCUCGGAAAAAUGGUCAUUCAUCGUUGAUUCACGGCGUUUGGGCCAUGGCAAGGGCAUGUAGUGGAAUGAAGCCAUGCAUUGGAGCCGGAUUUUGCUCUCAAUACAAUCAAAUCCUUGACCUCAUUUUUG